GGGAAUCAUCGUCCUUUUGCCCUUCCGUGCGCCGCUUGCAUCUCGUUGUGUAGAAAAAAAAUUAGGUCUUAUAAUCAAUUCUUCCUCCAACCCCGGCGGCGGCCACUGCGGUGGCGGCAGCGCCGGGGCCCAUAGAUCCGAAGCAACCGCCGCGGUACGUGUAGACCACCUCCCAAGCCAGUCAGGGGUUUGCUAAGAAGCGAACCAUCCUUGAAGCUUUAGUCGCUCUAUCCAUACUAGUUGUCGGCUGUCGAACCUGGCAUGUUCUUUCCCCAAUUCCACCAAAAAAAUUCUGUUUGGUUGAUCAGCACUGGAACGCCGCAGGUUUUACGCGGGGUUAUCUUGAAUCUGGGGAAGAUUUGGGAGAGGAUGUCUAAUCUUGCCAACAUGUUUGCUGUCCUUGACCUGGAUGGCGAGGACGAUCGAAAGGAAGUGGAACAACCGACAUCCAGCAAGCCAGAAGCCGCCGCCGCCGCCGCCGCCGCCGCCGCCAGGAAACUCGAUAGUGGCAUGACGAAUAACAAAAUGAUUGUAAAUUAUGAUGGGGAUAAACUUGGUUCAUCGUCAAGUGAAUACAAGAUGCCAUUGGUGUGGAUUGACUUGGAAAUGACCGGUUUGGAUAUCAGAAAAGACCGCAUACUGGAGAUUGCUUGUAUUAUAACAGAUGGUAAACUUACCAAACGGAUAGAGGGUCCUGAUUUGGUUAUAAGACAGAGCAAGGAAUGCUUAGACAACAUGAAUGAUUGGUGUAAAACCCAUCAUGGUGCCAGUGGACUGACAGAACAAGUACUGCAGAGUGACAUUUCUGAGUGUGAUGCUGAGAAACAGGUGCUAGACUUUGUUAGGAGGUAUAUUGGUUCGGCGACUCCAUUGAUUGCUGGGAAUUCUAUCUAUACAGAUUUACUAUUUUUGAAGGAGUACAUGCCACAGCUUGCAGGCAUAUUCCCUCAUGUGAUAGUUGAUGUGAGCAGCAUAACGGCUCUGUGCAUCCGCUGGUUCCCAAAGGAAAGGAAGCAAGCUCCAAGAAAGGAGAAAAACCACAGGGCACUGGACGACAUCAGAGAGAGCAUCAUGGAGCUGCAGUACUACAAGGAGAACAUCUUCAAAUCGCGGCAAUCUAAGCAUUAGCCUGUUGGGAUUCAUUAGCUCUCUUGAUUAUUGGGAUGAAAACGUUCCCUGGUGUAUGAUCCUUCCAUAGAUUUGAUGAUGCUUAAAUGGCCACGUGCCUUUGGGGUAACGCCAAGAUUGUAGUCA